CACAGUGAACACGCCCGCACUUGUGUCGGUCGUCUACUAAGAGCGUCCUCGCUUGUUCCGCCUCUUCCUCCUCCUGCUCUUCGUCCUUCUCGCACUGGUCGGGAGAAAACACAGACGCUGCUACCUCACACAAGCCGGUUGAUUCACCCCAAAAAAAGCCACCAUGAAAACAGCAGAGGCCCUGUCAGCGACCCUCACCACCAACACGAACUGCUCAUUCGAAUUCACCAAUGUGAGCUCCAACUACUGCCUCAUUAACCCCAAGGUGUACAUGUCGAGCGGCUUCUGCCAACACCCGCCGCAGCCGAGCAUCCGCAGCGGGGAAACCGAGCUGUGCUCCUUCACCAAGGACGACCACACGGCCACCGGUGCCGUGGGCCUGCUGACCUAUGACCUCUUCCACAUGCAGAGCCGCGCGUGCUCACUGCGUAUGGCCGUCAUGUUCUCAGUGCCCUAUGACAACAAUCUGUACAAGAACCGGCUGGCGGUGGGCAUCUUCCAGACGUCGCGCGCCUGCGACAAGAAGCUCUACGAGCAAAUGUACGACGGCAAGGAUAUGAACGGCUUCAGCCGGGCGGAGGCCAACGGCUCUGGGCUUGUGUAUGGCACCCACCAGGUGGAUGUGAGGGCCACCAUGUCCACUGUGGGCAAGGCUAUUGUGAAAGUGGAAUUUUAUGAUCAGUUGAAUCGCUAGCGCCUUGCACGUCCCUUGGAUCUGCUGCAUAAAAAAAAAAAAAAAAAUACAAAAAUGUGUGCAUCAAGCCAUUUUGAAUUACGCCUUCAAGGUUAUUGGAUUGAUAUAAUAAAGUAUUCAAAUAUUAA